AUGGUAGAGGAGGCGGUGUUGGGGGCCAUGGUGGAGCUGGUUGUGGUGAUGGCGGUGAUGGCGAUGAUGGCGGUAAUGGCGGUGAUGGUGGUGAUGGUGGUGAUGGUGGUGAUGGUGGUGAUGGUGGUGAUGGUGGUGAUGGUGGUGAUGGUGGUGAUGGCUCUGGUGAUGGCUCUGGUGAUGGUGGUUGUGGUGAUGGAGGCGAUGGCGGUGAUGGUGGUGAUGGUGGUGAUGGCGGCUGUGGUGAUGGUGGCUGCGGUGGUGGUGAUGGUGGUGACGGCUCUGGUGAUGGCGGUUGCGGUGGAUGGUGACGGUGAUGGUUGUGGCGGUUCUGGGGAUGGUGAGUCUGGGGAUGACUGUGGGGAUGGUGCUCUGGUGAUGGCGGCUGUGGAGAUGGUUGCUCUGGUGGAUGGCGGCGGUGGUGAUGCUGAUGAUGGCCCUGAAGUCGGCGCUGAAGGUGGCGGUUCUGGGGAUGGUGGGUCUGGGGAUGACUGUGGGGAUGGUGCUCUGGUGAUGGCGGCUGUGGAGAUGGUUGCCCUGGUGGAUGGCGGCGGUGGUGAUGCUGAUGAUGGCCCUGAAGUCGGCGCUGAAGGUGGCGGUUCUGGGGAUGGUGGGUCUGGGGAUGACGACUGUGGGGAUGGUGGCUCUGGUGAUGGCGGCUGUGGGGAUGGUGGCUCUGGUGAUGGCGGCGGUGGUGAUGCUGAUGACGGCGCGACGGAUCUGGUGAUGGUGGCUCUGGGGAUGGUGGCUCUGGGGAUGGCGGCUCUGGGGGCGGCGGCGGUUCUGCGGAUGGUGGCUCUGAUGGUGGCUCUGGGGAUGGUGGCUCUGGGGAUGGUGGCUCUGGGGAUGGUGGCUCUGGAAAUGGCGGCUCUGGGGGCGGCGGCGGCUCUGGGGAUGGUGGCUCUGGUGAUGGUGGCUCUGGUGAUGGUGGCUCUGGGGAUGGUGGCUCUGGGAAUGGCGGCUCUGGGGGCGGCGGCGGUUCUGGAGAUGGUGGCUCUGGGGAUGGUGGCUCUGGGGAUGGUGGCUCUGGGGAUGGUGGCUCUGGAAAUGGCGGCUCUGGGGGCGGCGGCGGCUCUGGGGAUGGUGGCUCUGGUGAUGGUGGCUCUGGUGAUGGUGGCUCUGGGGAUGGUGGCUCUGGGAAUGGCGGCUCUGGGGGCGGCGGCGGUUCUGGUGAUGGUGGCUCUGGGGAUGGCGGCUCAGGUGAUGGUGGCUCUGGGGAUGGUGGCUCUGGGAAUGGCGGCUCUGGGGGCGGCGGCGGUUCUGGGGAUGGUAGCUCUGGGGAUGGUGGCUCUGGUGAUGGUGGCUCUGGUGAUGGUGGCUCUGGGGAUGGUGGCUCUGGGAGUGGCGCCUCUGGGGGCGGCGGCGGUUCUGGGGAUGGUGGCUCUGGGGAUGGUGGCUCUGGUGAUGGUGGCUCUGGUGAUGGUGGCUCUGGGGAUGGUGGCUCUGGGAGUGGCGGCUCUGGGGGCGGCGGCGGUUCUGGGGAUGGUGGCUCUGGGGAUGGCGGCUGUGGGGAUGGUGGCUCUGGUGAUGGUGGCUCUGGGAUAUGGCGGCUCUGGUGAUGGCGGCUCUGGGGAUGGCGGCUCUGGGGAUGGUGGCUCUGGGGAUGGCGGCUCUGGGGAUGGUGGCUCUGGGGAUGGUGGCUCUGGGGAUGGUGAUCUGGGGAUGGUGGCUCUGGAAAUGGCGGCUCUGGGGGCGGCGGCGGUUCUGGGGAUGGUGGCUCUGGGGAUGGUGGCUCUGGGGAUGGCGGCUCUGGAGAUGGUGGCUCUGGGGAUGGUGGCUCUGGGAAUGGUGGCUCUGGGGGCGGCGGCGGUUCUGGGGAUGGUGGCUCUGGGGAUGGCGGCUGUGGGGAUGGUUGUUCUGGUGAUGGCGGCGGUGGUGAUACUGAUGACGGCCCUGAUGACGGCACUGACGAUGGCGGUUGUGGGGAUGGUGGCUCUGGUGAUGGCGGCUGUGGGGAUGGUGUUCUGGCAGCAGGCUGGAGUUUGUACAUAUGACCUAUCUAAGUUGUUUCCUUGA